AUGUUUCGUCCGCAGAUUAGGCGGAAUGUGGAAGUCUAUGUAGAUGACAUGCUGGUGAAAAGUCAGGAUGAAGGAAGACAUCUAGACGACCUGCAGGAGACAUUUGAGACAUUGAGGCAGUAUCACAUGAAGCUGAAUCCUAGCAAAUGUGCCUUUGGAGUAUCAUCAGGGAAAUUCCUUGGCUUUAUGGUAUCCCACAGGGGAAUUGAAGCGAAUCCAGAUAAAAUCCAAGCAAUAUUGGACAUGAAGCCACCACAAAAUACCAAGGAAAUCCAAUCCCUCACUGGACGAGUCGCUGCGCUUAACAGAGCUUUUGAAGAUUUGAAGGUAUACCUUACCAUGGCACCGCUGCUGAGUCCAUCAGUGGAAGGAGAGAAACUAUAUUUGUACCUAGCAGUAACCCCGCAUGCCGUGAGCUCAGCAUUGAUAAGAGAGGAAGAUAAAGUGCAAAGACCUGUGUACUAUACAAGCAAGGCAUUGAAAGGAGCAGAAGGACAGUAUCCACAAAUGGAGAAGUUGGCCUUCGCACUAAUCACAGCUUCAAGGAAGCUGAGGCAUUAUUUCCAAGCACAUGUCAUUAAUGUUAUGACUGAUCAUCCGCUCAAAAAGGCAAUGAAUAGACUGGAAGCUGCAGGACGAUUAAUCCAGUGGGCUGUGGAGCUAAGUGAGUUCGAUAUCAGGUAUCAACCACGGCAAGCCAUAAAAGCUCAAGCCCUAGCAGAUUUUAUUGCGGAGUUUACCCCAAGUCAUAAUGAGACAGAAGACAGUAAGAGAUGGAUCGUCCACGUGGAUGGUUCGUCUACACGGCAUGCAGGAGGAAUUGGUGUGGUUCUGCAGUCCCCAGAAGGAGAUAAAUUGAAACAUAAAGUCCGUCUACAGUACCAAGCGACAAACAAUGAAGUCGAAUAUGAAGCCCUCCUCAAAGGGCUAGAAUUGGCAAAGUCUGUGGAAGCCAAGUCCAUAUGUGUCAUGGGGGAUUCCCAACUGAUCAUGGGGCAAGUGAAUGGGACGUAUGAAGCGAAGGAAGAACGAAUGAAGAAAUACCUCGGUAGGGUGAUGCGCCUUGUGAAAAGGUUUGAAAAAGCUGACUUCGUUCAAAUCCCAAGGGAGGAGAACGUGGAAGCUGAUACUAUAGCAAAAGAGGCCUCAGCAGAUGAAUCAUUAGAGAAGUCAGAUGAAGUUCAAUAUGUGCCAAGUAUAGAUGUCCAGGAAGUACAGCAGGUGGAUAACACAGAAAAUUGGAUGACUCCCAUUAUAUCAUACUUGAAAGAUGGACGACUGCCAGAAGAGAAGGACGAGGCCAGAAAAGUGAGGGUGAGAUCAGCUAGAUACGUCCUCAUGAAUGAAGUGCUAUACAAGAGGGGUUUCUCUCAACCUUACCUUAGAUGCUUAGCUCCGGACGAAGCAAACUACGUGCUGAGAGAAGUUCAUGAAGGGGCAUGUGGCAAUCAUUCAGGAGAAAGAUCACUUGUCCACAAGGUCGUCCGUGCAGGGUAUUAUUGGCCGAACAUGCAAGCUGAUGCUAAAGCAUACGUUAAGGUCUGCGACCAGUGCCAGCGAUUUAGCAACGUCCCCAGGCAACCAUCAGAAUACCUCACCCCAAUGGUGGCACCGUGGCCCUUCGCACAAUGGGGACUGGACAUUUUGGGUCCCUUCCCUUUGGGAGUAAGGCAGAUGAAGUUUCUAGUGGUGGGCAUCGAUUACUUCACCAAAUGGGGAGUAUGGCCAGAUGAAUUACCAGGAGUUUUAUGGGCAUAUAGAACCACAGUGAGGACACCUACAGGAGAGACUCCUUUCAAGCUAGCCUAUGGAAGUGAUGCAGUCAUACCUGCAGAAGUACAUAUGGCUAAUCACAAGGUGAUGAUGUACCAAGACAAGGAUAAUGAGGAUCAGCUUCGUCUGAACCUCGAUCUAAUAGACGAGGUGAGGACAAACGCAGAACACAGGGCAGCAAAGUAUAAGAACCUCAUGGCUAAGCAGUAUGAUGCGAUGGUGAAGCCUAGGCGUUUCAACAUUGGAGAUCUCGUCCUGAGAAAGUUGUGUUAG